CUUUGUUUUAGUUGGCUGUGGUCAUCUUCUUUUUGAGUAGUUCCUCCUUGCAAGCUGUUUUGAGCUCUCUUUCUGUUGGCAAGUUCACAGACCCCAUCUCUCUUUGUUUAUGUGGUCUCUAAACUUGUGUGGAGUUUUCUUUUUAUUUGUUUUCUUUUCAUUUAACGUUACCAUGUGGGCUGUACAUGGAUUUAGUUUGUUAAUCUCAGCUUCUCUUAGGCAUGUUCAUAGCCCAUCUUCCAUUAGGUAAUCCAUGUCCAUGGCACUGCUAGUUCAAGUUGCUUGUUUGUUGCUGCCCAUUUGCCUUGAUUUCUUGACUGUGCUAGCUACUGGAUGUAGGAAAAUGGGUCUUCAGUUGGUCCUUCUACUUAUUUUUGGAUGUCCAGUCUUUGGUGGGUUUGCUUGGUUGCUGCUAUGGUUGGUUUGGCCUACUGUUUGGCUGUUGUGGUGUUGCUUUUGGCUACUGCUUUGGCCUACUGAGAAGGCUUGCUCCCUUGGUUGGCUUCUUCUUUUUGUGGUUUUAUUUUUUCUAUUAGGUUUAUUUAUUUUAGUUUACUAGUGCUUUGCUGGUGCUUCUUUAUGGGGCAUUGAGUUCUGCAUCUUUUUGUUAGGCUUUGUUUUGUUUGUUGUUUGCCUUGGGUAGGUUGCUUAGUUAUUGUUUUUGGCUGGUAAAAACAUAUGUGCUCACUUUCACUCAACCCACAUAUAGGAACUUACAUCACUCAAAUAUCCAAGAAAUACAGUAACCUAACAUAUCUGGCCUCAUCAAUCUCAACCCUCAUUCUCCCUAGAAGCAGUACUAGGUAGACACUGCAAAGAAAACAAUUAGAUAAACAUAUGGGAACAAUGCAAAGAAGCUCAUCCUAAAUAUCACAUUACUCAACCCUCAGCAUCCCUGAAGAGGUACCAGCAGGACCUGCAAAGAAGCUCAUUAGAGGAAAUAAGGAGCAGCUCCAGCCAACAAGCAUCCACAGCCUAAGGAGACCUGCAAGAGUAGUAAGUCCAAGCCUACAAGAUUCAGAGCGUUAGUGCCAUAGCCAUAAGAAAUCACCCCAGUUUCAGUACAGAGGAAGGGAGCCUCCAUCUGUCCAUAAACCAAUCACUAGUGGCAUUCUUAUUAAAGUUCUUCAUAGAAAGAAUUCGAAACCUUACAGGAUUGACAAUUCUUUUCUAAAUCACCUCAACAGGAGAGCUAGGCUUGUACAGAGAAUGCCAACAACUAUCUCUGUACCAAGUAAUCUUAGAGAGAACACACAUGAAAAAUUGAAGAGUCUUAUCACAUUAAUCUAGGCAGCAAGAACAAACUAGAAUCUAAGAUUAACCACUUUGUGUCGAAAAAGUAGCACAAGCACAUCAAAUGGUAGACAAUUGCCAAGUCUAGACAACCUAAGGUACAGCAAUCUUAGCAACCUGAACAGUUAACUGACAGAAAGAAAGAUUAAACUAGAAAAAAAUAUAUCUCAGGCAACUCCAGCCAACGUUUAUGUUAGGAGAAUUACUAUUAAUAAGAAAUUUACGAAGUCUAAUUUGUCAAAUCCACACUUAAUUGAGGAAUCAAGCUCCAUAAGUUAUAGAGCCCAGAUCUACAACUAGAAGUUCAAAGGAAUGAGGUCAACUACACAAGUUUCUAGCUUCAAAAUGGAUCUAAAACUACUAGUUCAAGGGAAUGAGGUCAAGUAGACAAGUUUCUUACUUCAAACUGGAUCAACAACUACAAGUUCAAGGGAGUGAGGUCCAGUACAUAAGUUUCUUGCACCAAUUUUGAAUGUUUUUUGUGAUCCUAUAAAUGGUUGACAAAUGCUCAUCGUCACUGAUAUCUUUUAAGGAAUCAUUAGACUACAUGAACAUUUUACUGUAAAUUAUUUCUAGGUUUUUUUAAGUGUUUUGAGGCUAGUGAGCAGUCUCCAAAGCAUCUGCCCAUCUGAAGAAACAUAAAAGUUUCCAACUCCAAAAGCUAAGACAUUUUGCAUACUCAUUUUAAAAACUCUUCAUAUUGAGUGAAUAUGACUAUGGUACAGAUGGAGAAUAAAUGAGCAAAUGAAAAUAAUAAACUAAUAUGCCCACUUCUAACAAUCUAAUAAGAGUACCCUUUAAAUUCAAUCUGAAAUAAAUAAAUAAAUAAAUAAAUACUUGAAUUAACCUUACAAUUAUAUAUAUACAUACACUUUAUGAACCUGCGUAUUCUUGCAAACUUUAGAUUUAAGUAUUUUACCAAGUGCCAGAUUUUGGCACUUAAGACUUCACUUGUACAGGUAAUAGGUAAAUUGAUUCCGAACUCAAAGUUAGUGCCUGGAAAUGAGUUUAUGGUGAAUUGGUGAUCAAGACCCUAUAUCUGCCCAUUUACUGCUUAUAAUAGAGAAUUAUACAUUAUAAUUAUCAUUGCAUUUGAUAAGAGAGGAAACACUCUUUUUUGGCAGUGGGAUAUUUAUAUAUAUAUUAAAAUAUUUACUAAUUGAGUAUAUAGCAUUUACCCCCAAUUGAUCGGGACACAAGGGUUUGGUUUGGUAUGUCUAUUUUUCUAAUAAUCUUGUUUGAUAGAAUGAGCUUGAAUUAGUAAAAAUUUAAUAAACUUCAUGGUUUCAGUUUAUGUAGGUAUUUCAGACAAAAACUAGUAGUCUAGAAGUGUUUAUAUAUCUAGUAUUAAAAAAGUACUGGUUCUAUUUCUCCUGUAAAUUGCUGUAAUUCUUUGUUUUAUGCAAAUUGGUGCAACAAAAAUUUGUGAAAGCUUGAUGCUCUGUUUGGUUGGGGAGAAAAAUGUUCCAGGGGGAAGCUUUUGAGGGAAAAAGUAAGGAAGCUUAUAAAUUAUAAUCCUCUGUUUUUCCUUUUGUGGGCAUAAUUUUAAACCUCCGGCUUGUUUGACUGAUGCAGGAAAAUAUGACUUAGAUUAUAUGUGCUUUUUUGUUCUCUACUUUUCCUCACUUAACAACAGGAUGACAGAUGGAGUUGCUGAUUAAUUUAGAUGAUAUGUGCUCCAAACUAUUUGCAUAGCAUACCAAUUGAAAUUGUCACUAGUCAUCGGUGUUUUGUUUUUUUGUGUUCAGGUUGCUCUAUGGAGGGAGAUCCCUUCAACUAAUCAUGCUGAUCAUACCUCGAAUACAGUUGAGCUCUCUCUGUGGGCCCAAUAGUUGGAAGUUGAUGCAUAUAUUAUUUUUAAUUGGGUGGCUACUUAAUGGUGCUGAUGUUUGUCAUGCCUAUCAACUCCUGAAGAAAGGUGGGCUUAAAGAUGAAAACAUCAUUGUUUUCAUGUAUGAUGACAUUGCUCAAAAGGAAGAGAACCCCAGGCCUGGAAUCAUAAUCAACAGUCCCUAUGGCGAUGAUGUAUACAAAGAAGUGCCAAGGGAUUAUACCGCGGAAAAUGUCAUUGUUAACUUCUUUUCUGUUAUCCAUGGAAAUAAGACUGCUCUUACGGGGGGAAGUGGAAAGAUUGUGGAUAGUGGUCCAAAUGACCAUAUUUUCAUAUUUUACAGUGAUCAUGGGGGUCCUGGGGUGCUUGUCAGACAUGGACAAGAGUUGGAUUGCACUAGAUAGCACAGUUGAUGGAAGGAUAAGUUGGGCAUAUUAUGAUGGGAUUGGUUUUUGAUGACGUUUGGAAGCAUACUUGCAAAUCAAGAUCGAGUGUUGAAUUUUUUUAUAGACUCUACGUUAAUUCAUUUUGGGAUUUGUUUUGAUGGUUUUUUUGUUAUGUAUACUUCAUGGAUUAUUAUUGAAGUUGUUUGAUGAAUA